CAGGAGGAGCGACGAGGACGCCGACAAUGACGACGAAGAGGAGGAGGAGGAGGAAGAUUCGGAGGGCGCGGCCCUGGUCUGGCAGGAGGGCUACGGCGAGGACAACCUGGGCCUUCCCAUCAUGCACUGGGAAGCGCUGAGCCUGCGCAUCGCCGAGCUGGAGAAGCAGGAGGAGGAGAACAAGGAGAAGAGGGCAAAGAGUGGAGUUUCUCUGGAGAGAGGCAGAGCUCCGGUCAGCUGGGCGGAGGAGAGAGGGAGGAGAGCGGAGAGCUGGGAGGACGGAGACGAUGCCUGCAACAGCCAUGUGCUGGCCCUCACCUCCCGCCUGCAGACACAGAUGAAUCUUCAGCUCUGCUUCAUCAACAACAGUGAAAGUGAGGAGGAGGAGGAGAGGAAGGAAAGCAGCAACUCACGGAGAGGGGCUGUUCAGGUCCAGAAGAAUCCUCAGCCUCCUGCCAAGCCGGAGAAACCCAAAUCCAGAGGCUUCAGGAACACUCUGAGGAACCUACGAGACCGACUGAGAACCGACCACAGAACACUGGCUGCAGCUCGUAGUGAACCUGUAGUCCAGAGAAGACAUGUGGAGCGCAGUGAUUUAGAGAACUUCAGUAUGAAGGACCUGAAUGCUCUGUGUACGUCUCUCAGCCAGACCAUACAAGACCUGAGCUCAGACCUGGUGGGCCGCCUGCAGGUCCGAGACCAGCUGAGGACGGAGCAGGACGCCAUGCUGCUGGAGGUCCAGGACCUGACGUCGCUGUGAAGCCGCUGAUCGCUCCGCUGUGGAGCGGUUGUGUCUCGCAGACAUUUGAUGUUGAUUGUUGUGAAUCGGACGUUGCCACAGUGGCCUCCACAUCUCAGUCAGUCGGUCUGACCAGCCAAUCACUGUGAAGAGUGUCCCUGCCUGAAAGGACAAGGACAUUCAUUUUUACUGUUAUUGUCUGUGUUGUGUAUUUAUAAGGGACAUUUAGUCUCACUAAAGGACGGUGUCCAUCAGCAGUGGUUUACAACUCAUGACAGAACGAUGUCAGAGCCGUUUGGUACGCUCAACCCCUGAACCCGAGUUAAACACAACAUCCAGGCAGUGGACGGUGACCUGGAAGGAGCACGCUGCCAUUCUUCCUCCUAGAGGAUCAGUACAAGCUCCAUCUGGGUCAUGUUUAAAGCUGCUGAGCAGCAUCACGUCUUUGGGCUGUUCUGGACACAGAGACAUAGCACUGAUGCAUGUCCGACGUAUUUCUCCACACAUCCGAUUGUUCAUUGAAAGGAUCCGUCUGGUGUUGAUGAAGGCCGGCUUCAUUUUCCUCCUCUGCCUCCGUCCUGCUUUCUGACCACUAGUAGCGCUGUGGAGUGAUGUUUCCAUCAGCUGUCUGUUUCUAUCUGUGCUUGUGAGUAUGUGAUGUUACUACAUGUGCUAUAAUAGCUGCACAAUAUUCAGCCUUUUCAAAGAGAGCGCAGCUCCAGCACACUUAAGGUGGGCUGAACUGUUAAGGUGGACCAGCGCUAUUCUCCUUUAUGUGAGUCGCUCCUCUUGAGUUUUGCUCGUUUUUUUAUUUUGAUUAUUUCUUUGAACUGAUAGCAUGGUUCAAAGGUUAAUUAUUGACAUCCAUACUGCAAAGAACUAUGCUCUGUUUGUACCAGGAACAUAUUGAAUGUUAAAAUGUAAGCAACAAAGUUUUUAGAACUGUAAUGGUAUUUUUAAGUACUAGUAUCGGUAAGUGUAAGUACUUGUACACUUAAUCCCAGUCUGUAACGUGCGGGUUAUCUUUUGUCAACACAAUGCUUCAGUACGUUGUUUCCCAUUUUUCCUCAAAGCUUCAAACUGCAAUACAAAGGGACUCCUGUUA